AUGGUGAUUGUGAUUGGUCUGCUGCGUUACGCUCAGCUCAUCCAUAAGCACAGCAACAGUGUGUUGAACGUUGAGGGUCUGUUUGCCGGAUGGCUCUGUGCUGCAGGAAUCAUGAUUGUGGGAAACUUCCAAGUGGACCAUGCUAAAGUCCUUCAUUAUGUGGGCGCGGGUCUGGUCUUCCCUGGCAGUCUGCUGUUUGUGUGCGUGCAGACGCUGCUCUCGUACCGCACAGCCGAGACGCCGAGAGACUUCCAGACGUCUCAUCUGCGGCUGACGUUCACCGCACUGGCCUUCACCACCCUCAUACUCAGCGGUGUGUUUUUCAUUCAGGAGAGUUUUGUUCUCCAGCACGCGGCUGCUAUAUUGGAGUGGAUGUUUGCCAUCAUCGUGCUGCUGUUUUACAGCUCGUUCUCAGUCGAGUUCAGCUCCAUCUCUUCAGAAACACUCGCCGCUCUGAUGACGAGCCGAGCCGGGGCGUCUGAGGGGCCGCGGAAACUAGAGAAAGUCUAG